AUGCUGCGCACGGACCAGCUGCGUACAGACCAGUGCGCACAGCCUCCCCUAAACUUCCCCUGGAACAAACCUUUCAACACCUGCACUUCAGUGGGCGGUGUUUGUCCUAACGGACGCUACGCGCACCUCCCCGUCCUUCCCCCAUCCAUUGUGGCUGCCUGUCAAGGCCAGGUUCAUGCCUUCGACUCGCAGGACCUCAUCGACGUCUACAUCCCAGAUGGCCGUGAGACUGUCAUCUACACUUGCGAGCAGCAGCCGUGCCCCAAUGGAACACCCCAAUCAGUCACGCAAGAUUACCCGCGCUACAAGGCAAUCAGAAGGGCCCAACAUCUGCUUGGCCCUCGCAGCACCCUCGCAUCUCGAUCCACCUCGCGGCACUCUCACCCUGUCUCCCCCAGCUCCCGCUUUCCCCAAACUGUCACCAGACCCAGUCAAGCGCGAGGAGAUCUCCCUUCAGACCCUGCGCCAGAGCCUGAGCCUGAGGAGAGUGCGAGUGAAGAAGGAGUCUCGGAGUCCGAGUCCGCGGAUCCUGCUCAGCCCACCUCGCUGACAGUGCUCGCCCCCGCGUCAGCAGUCCCUAAC